AUGGUCAGUCCAUACGUUGGUAUUUGCAUCCAGCAGGAGAGUGGGGCAGCCGAUUCUCUUACAGAAGAACAGGUCUCUGAAUUCAAGGAGGCUUUCUCUCUAUUUGACAAAGAUGGCGAUGGCCAAAUCACAACUAAAGAGCUAGGCACGGUCAUGCGAUCACUGGGCCAGAAUCCUUCCGAGUCAGAGCUUCAAGACAUGAUAAAUGAGGUCGACGCAGACAACGAUGGAACCAUCGAUUUCCCUGAGUUUUUGACCAUGAUGGCUAGGAAAAUGAAGGACACAGAUUCUGAGGAAGAAAUUCGAGAAGCGUUCAAGGUGUUCGACCGCGACAACAACGGUUUCAUCUCCGCGGCCGAGCUCAGACACGUCAUGACCUCUAUCGGCGAGAAGUUGACUGAUGAUGAGGUAGACGAAAUGAUCAGGGAAGCUGAUCAGGAUGGGGAUGGCCGAAUUGAUUACAACGAAUUCGUCCAGCUCAUGAUGCAGAAAUAG